AUGUCUGACCAGCCCCGCGGCCGUGGCGGUCGGGGUCGAGGGCCACGAGGCGGAGAUGUAGGGGACCGUGGAGGCGGUCGGGGCCGUGGUGAUUUCCAAGAUCUACCAUUCCGUCCCUCUGAGCGUGGUGGUCGAGGUGAUUUCCGUGGUGACUUCCGGGGAGGCCAUGGUGGUGACCGAGGUCGUGGUGGUGGUGAUCGAGGUGGUCGUGGUGACUUCCGUGGCCGUGGCCGUGGUGGGUUUGGAGGACCUCCUGGUCCUCGAAUUCACAAUGAGGGCAAUGCGAUCCCUCCGCCAGAUGCCGUUGUCACCAAAACGGAAGAUGCGACGGCCAAGGCGCUUGUUGCCAACUACCAAAAGAAUGGGAAGAACGCUGCCCAGGCCUAUCCAGACCGGCCAGGCUACGGUACGCUGGGACGGCCAGUGACUCUCUAUGCCAAUUAUCUGCCGUUUACCUCGACAGGUAAACCGAUCUAUCGCUACCAUGUCUCGAUCGCCGCCGAAGGUGGUCGAGAGCCUGCAGGCAGAAAGGCGCGCCAAAUUGUGCGCCUCUUGCUCGAGGAGCAUUUCCCAGACAAGCUCAACAGUGUGGCUACGGACUACCGAUCGACUCUCAUUUCAGUGUCAAAACUGAAGGAUGGCACCUUUGACGUUCGUUACAAAGAUGAGAACGACGAGGAUUAUUCUGAGAAUCCCAAGGUGUUCAGAGUCACCACCCAGCACACUGGAGACAUCAACCCAGCUGAACUGAUCAAUUAUCUCACGUCAACUAACGCUGGAAACAUGUUGACUUCAAAGCCUGAAAUCAUUCAGGCGCUCAACUUGAUCUUGGGACAUCAUCCCAAGACAAAUCGCGAAGUCGCCUCAAUUGGCGGUAAUAGACACUACAGCUUCCAAGGAGGCACCAUGGAAAGCGCCAGCUUGGAAGGGGGCCUCGAAGUGCUUCGCGGAUUCUUCGUGAGUGUUCGAGCUGCCACAGCUCGCAUUCUGCUGAAUGUCCAGGUCAAGUACCUGGCUUGUUAUCAAGCAGGCCCCUUGACGCAAGUCAUUGGAGACUGGCUCUACAGUAACCGGUCCCAGAAGAACUACCGCCUGGAAGCUUUCCUGAAGCGCAUGCGUGUGAGCAUCACUCAUAUUAAGCGUAAGGGCAGGAAUGGCAAGGAGAGGCCUGCUCGCGUGAAGACCAUCUCCGGGCUUGCAACCCCUCAAGAUGGCGGCUCGAAUACGAAUCGACCGAAGGUUGAUGUCUUUGGAGCCGGACCGCACGCAGUUAAAUUCUUCCUCGAGGGACCCAGUCCCCAACCUUCGCCGCCCGGGUCCGAAGAGCCGAAGGGUAAGAAGGGCAAGAAGGCUCCUCCUAGGGCCGGUCCAACUCCUGCUGGACAAUACGUGAGUGUCGCAGACUUCUUCAAGAAGGAAUACAAUAUCACGGUCAAUCCCGACCUUCCUGUUGUCAAUGUCGGAACUCGGGACAAGCCUGUUUAUCUUCCUGUGGAGGUCUGCGAGGUUGAGGCUGGCCAGCCAGUGAAGAACAAGCUGUCUCCCCGCCAGACUCAGAAUAUGCUGAACUUUGCAGUCAAGGGCCGUACGCCCGCGCAGAAUGCUCAAUCUAUCGUCACCAAAGGUGUCGGUGUACUGGGAAUCGGCCAGCCGGUCAAUGCCACUCUGGCAUCUUUUGGUAUCAACGUAGGUAACGCGCUUGUUACUGUGCAGGGACGUGUCCUGCCGCCGCCAAAAAUCAUGUACGCCAAAAAGCAAGAGCUGCAAGUCAAAUUCGGAAGCUGGAACAUGCAGUCAAUUCAAUUCUGCAAGCCCGCGAUUUUAAAGAGCUGGACGUGGCUCUUUAUUGACGCUCCCGGCAGCAGGCACGGACUUGACCCGGCAACCUUGACCCAAGGAUUGGAGAAUUUGACUCGGACUCUCCGAGAUAUGGGUGUUUCCGUGGAGGGGCACAAGGCGGGCAAGAGGAUUGAGCUCCCUCGUAAUGGUGACAGUGCGACGGUUAUUGAAAAGGCCGUGCGUGAAUUGCAAGCGGUGCACAACCCUCAAAUGAUCCUGGGUAUCUUGUACGCUAAGGAGACCGAGGUCUACAACACGAUGAAGCAAGUCUGUGAUGUUCGUUGUGGUGUGCGUAACGUCAAUGUCCUGGCCGAAAAGGUUCGAGGCGCCACCGUUCAGUACUGGGCCAACGUGGGACUCAAGAUCAACCUCAAGAUGGGUGGCGCCAAUCAGACGCUGCGAAACUCCGACCUGGGCUUUUUCGCAGACGGCAAGACCAUGCUUGUCGGCCUGGACGUGACUCACCCUUCGCCGGGCUCUGCUAGCACGGCCCCCAGUGUAGUGGGCAUCGUAGCCUCGGUGGACGCGCAGCUGGCUCAGUGGCCUGCUGAUAUUCGUAUUCAGCCGGCGCGCCAGGAGAUCGUGUCUGAUUUGGACACCUUGCUUCAGUCUCGGAUCAAGCUCUGGGCCAACACCAAUCGUGGUAAGCUGCCAGAGAAUAUUGUUGUCUACCGCGAUGGUGUGUCUGAGGGCCAGUACGAUAUCGUGAUUGAUAAGGAACUACCCUUGCUGAAGAGAGCUUGCGAGACUAUGUAUCCUGCUUCGGAUACGAAGAAGGGACUUCCUCGUAUGGCGAUUGUGAUUGUCGGAAAGCGUCACAACACUCGCUUCUAUCCCACGAGUGAUAAGGAUGCUGAGCGGUCGGCCAACCCUCAACCCGGUACUGUCGUCGACCGCGGUAUCUCUGAAGCUCGUCACUGGGACUUCUACCUGCAGGCUCACUCAUGUCUGCAAGGCACGGCUCGUCCUGCUCACUACUUCACCGUGUGGGAUGAGAUCUUCUACCCCCUGUAUCCUGGUGUUGGACAGAGCGGUGCCGCCGAUAGACUUCAAGAUCUGACCCACAAGAUGUGCUAUCUUUUCGGCCGUGCGACCAAGGCUGUCAGUGUUUGUCCUCCUGCCUACUACGCCGAUCUUGUCUGCACCCGUGCGCGCUGUUUCAUGAGCGACCUCUUUGACCCUACUCCCUCUGCUACUCCAGCGGGCAGUGUGGUCGGAGGUGAUGGUGGUAGCCGCGUCCCUGAGGAGAGCCAAGCUACUGUGCAUGCUAGCGUCAAGGAUACUAUGUUCUACAUCUAG